GGAGUUUGGGUUAGAUCGGUCCAUCACCUUUCGAUUGAACAUGGCGGCGUCCAAGGUGUCAAAGUACCCGCACUUGCUCACGCCGCUGGACUUAGGCUACACGACACUGAAGAACAGAGUCCUCAUGGGCUCCAUGCACACGGGGCUGGAAGAAGGCCACUCCCUGACAAAGCUUGCCGCAUUCUUUACGGAACGUGCUCGCGGGGAUGUAGGUUUGAUAGUCACCGGUGGUGUCGCACCAAAUCGGGCUGGUCGUGUGAGUCCCCUCGCUGGUAAGAUGACGACUUCCAGCGAAAUCAAUCGCCACAAGGAAGUGACUCAAGCUGUGCACGACAACGGGGGAAAAAUUGCCAUGCAAAUUCUGCACAGCGGGCGGUAUGGAUACCAUCCGUUCACGGUCGCCCCGUCGCCCAUCAAAGCUCCCAUCGGGUGGUUCACUCCCAAGGAACUGUCCCAUGGUGGCAUCCAAUCGACCAUUAAGGACUACGUGCAAUGCGCAGUAAACGCUCGCGAAGCAGGCUACGACGGCGUGGAAGUGAUGGGGUCCGAGGGGUAUUUGAUUAACCAGUUCAUCGUUAAGCACACCAACAAACGCACAGAUGAGUGGGGUGGCGACUACAAGAACCGCAUCAAGUUUCCCGUGGAAAUUGUGCGUCAAAUGCGACGUGCGGUCGGGCCCGACUUCAUCAUCAUUUUUCGACUGUCCAUGUUGGACCUUGUCCAGGACGGCAGUUCGUGGGAAGAGAUCGUCGAGCUGGCCAAGGAAAUUGAAGCGGCUGGCGCGACCCUUCUGAACACGGGCAUUGGGUGGCAUGAGGCACGCGUACCAACAAUUGCAACUAGCGUUCCUCGAGGUGGGUUCUCCUGGGUCACUGGCAAGCUCAUGGGCGAAGUAAACAUUCCAUUGAUCACGACGAACCGCAUUAACACGCCGGAAGUUGCCGAAGACAUUUUGUCCAAAAAACACGCUGACAUGGUGUCGAUGGCGCGCCCGUUUCUGGCCGACCCAGAGUUUGUCAAGAAGGCCAAGGAAGGUCGCGCAGAUGAAAUCAAUACGUGCAUCGGGUGCAACCAGGCGUGUCUGGACCACACGUUCAAAGGCAUCACGGCGUCGUGUUUGGUCAAUCCGCGCGCGUGCUAUGAAACCGAUCUCAACUACCGUCCCACCCAACACAAGCUCAAGUUGGCAGUAGUUGGUGCGGGGCCGGCUGGGCUUGCGUGUGCAAGCGUUGCGGCCAUGCGCGGCCACGACGUCACUCUGUUCGACAAGCACGACGAAAUCGGUGGUCAAUUCAACCUGGCCAAGAAAAUUCCUGGCAAAGAAGAAUUCUACGAAACGCUGCGCUACUUUGGCACGAAUCUCGCCGAUUUGAUGAAUAUAAUGGUGAUUGUAGCCAAGCAACUCGACAAGCAUGAAGUCAAGGUCAAGCUGGGGCACACUGUCUCGGCGCAAGACUUGAUUGACGCCAAGUUUGAUCGAGUUGUGAUGGCGACCGGGAUCACCCCUCGCAAGCUCAAGAUCGAAGGCGCCGACACGAGCCCCAAGGUCGUGAGCUACAUUGACGUCCUAAACGGCACCGUGACUCUCGGAAAACGAGUGGCUGUGGUGGGAGCUGGGGGGAUUGGAUUCGACGUGGCCGAGUUUGCCACGCACACAGGCACGUCGCCAAGCUUGGACGUCGACUUGUACGCCAAGGAGUGGGGUAUUGAUCGGACGAUGACAAGACGAGGUGGCCUCGCCCCGCGCCACGUGCACGAAACGGAGCGAAGAGUGUACUUGUUGCAACGAAAGUCGACCAAGCACGGAAAGGACCUGGGCAAGACGACCGGGUGGAUUCAUCGGCUGUCGUUGCAACACCGCAAUGUCGAAAUGAUCGGCGGCAUCACGUAUGACAAAGUGGAUGAGAAGGGUCUGUACAUCACCAAGGGCAAGACAAAGGAGCAAAUGCUACUUGAAGUGGACCACAUCGUCGUGUGCGCCGGUCAGGUCCCGCUGCGCGAGCUCGAGCCUGCACUUCAGAGGAGCCACGUUCCGGUGUUCCGCAUUGGCGGGUCGGACGAAGCCUCCGAAUUGGAUGCAAAGCGCGCCAUCAACCAAGGUGCCCGCCUCGGCGCCAAGAUUGAAUCGGCAUCGCCUGGAGAUCCGCUUGGCCCUGUGCCCACCCUGUCCGAGAGAGCGACGACUUAUAUGAUGCAAUACUUUCAGAAAUAACUCUUUUCAAAAAGUAUCUGGAUUUUUU